AUGCCGGGCGAGAAAAAGCACAAGGAGAAAAAGAAGAAGGACAAGGCGCCACAGGAGCUCCCGGAGCACCUUGAGAAACAGCGAAAGUAUGUGAUUUGUGGUCACGACAAGAACUACCAUGAUUUUGCGGACAAUUUUUCGAUAACCGUCAACUCUAUCAGCGACAACGGCAUGACGAUGGAAUUUGAUCUGGUGGGCGUCGACCCCGCAGUAGCAAACGCGCUGCGGCGCAUCCUCAUCGCGGAGAUCCCCACUGUGGCAAUCGAGCAUGACGAGGUCCUGGCGCACCGUCUGGGCCUCGUGCCCAUCAACGUGGACCCCGCUCUUCUUGAGUGGCGCGGCGCCGAGGACGCGGCCAGCGAGGCCAACACCGUCGUGCUGCGCCUCAACGUGCGGUGCAGCAAGGACGCGGCCGGCGGCGUGGUCAACGAGUCGGUCACAUCUGACCAGUUUGAGUGGCUCCCCGCGGGCAGCGACCUGCCCGACGAGACGGGCUGCCGCUUCACAGAGGGCUCCAGCCAGGCGGCGCUGUUCGAGGGCCGCCCCGCGCCCGCGUCCGUCGACGGCAGCAUCCUCCUGGCCAAGCUGCGGCCCGGGCAGGAGAUCGAGCUCGAGGCGCACUGCAUCAAGGGCGUCGGCCGGGAGCACGCAAAGUGGUCGCCCGUCGCCACGGCGUGGUACCGCCUGCACCCCGAGGUGGCGCUGCUGCGGCCCGUGGCGGGCGAGGAGGCCGCUGAGCUGGCGGAGGCGGUGCCGGCGGUGUUUGAGCUGCAGCCGGACGGCGAGUUGGGCGUGCGGGACGUGCGGUCAAAGGAGGCGGAGCGCUCCUUGGAGCGCGUGCGGCGCCUGCUGGAGGAGGAGCGCUGGCGCGGCGUGGUGGAGGUGCGGAAGCGCAAGGAGCACUUCAUCUUUACGAUAGAGUCCACGGGCGCGCUGCCGGCGGCGGAGCUGUUCAAGCAGGCGCUGGCGGCGCUGGCCGGAAAGGCGGAGCGGCUCGAGCGGCGGCUGUGA